AUGGCGCGUUCAUCAAUGCUUUUCAUCAUGUUCUUGCUGCAAGUGGCGCUUAAUGCGUCUUGCGUGCAGGCAGCAGUGAACAACAUAUUACCCGCAAACGAUUCAAUCUUCGACUCGGCAAACAGAACUAAUUUUUUCGGAUACGUUCUUGCAGUUGUUGCUAUUCUCGUUGGUGGUGGAAUGAUUGUCUUUGGCUAUCGCUUCAUGUUUGAGACUGUCUUUGCCAUUAGCUUUGCUCUUGGGGCCAUUGGUAUCGGUGUGACUGCAGAGCGCUUGCUUGUCGGCGAAUCCUUUUGGGCUGUUGGUUCCUGGGUUGCAUUUAUUUUAGGUGGUGUCGUAUGCGGUGGCAUGGCCAUGUGGGUCCACCCGAAGAGCAAUUUUAUGGCAGGGGUAGCGGGAGGCAUUACGCUUGCUAUGAUCGUGACCAACUCGGUAGCAUACUGCAUCUCUCCUGGUCACACUCAACAAGUGUUUACUAUUCUUUGUGUGGUCUUUGCCGUCGUGUUUGCAACGUUUGACCUCAAGUGCGGCAAGCCAGUGGACAUCAUCGGGAUCAGCACCUUUGGCGCUGCAAUCCUAGUGUGGGGUGUCGGCUUUUUCGCUGGUGACUUCCCAUUCCCGAACAACUUGGAGAAGUACUCGACUAAGAACGCAAACGGCAAUAUGGUUUACAUCAUUCCCACUAUCUGGUGGGGAUACCUAGCAGGAAUUGUGAUGAUCUCAGCCUUUGGCAUGUUUAUUCAAUUUCACAAGACCGGGCGCAGUCCCGUGGACGAUGCGCUUGCGGAUUUCGGAGCUAACGGUUUUGAGAUUUCUAUUGACGCUCUGCCGUAUGUUGAAAACGACAAGCAGCGUCCAACGGUACCUAUGAUGAAUCAGUCUGGAAACACUACACGGGAGUCCGACUUCUUGCCGUCGUCGUAUCCGAGUGUUGUGCACCAGUCUUUCUGUCGACUUUACUCACGAAACACGGAGGCACAGUCGAUCAAAAAGCUGAGAUCAAAUUUUUUCGAGGAAAGAGCUCAGUCUGUAGAGACUGAAAACACACUGAAUGCUCGAGAAAGCUUGCCGUCGUCACAAACAAAUUCUUUUCAAGAAGUGAAGAAAGAAGUUGAAUUUUAA